GUUUUAAGCACAAACGCCUUGUGUGUCUACGGUCCGAUCAGUGGUUGCUGCAGGCCCGGAAGUAGGUCCCGCUCUGUUCCGUUCAUGCGUGGUGAAGUGCAGACUCGCAGGCCUUGAGACGUGGCCGCUUCUGGAAAAGCCUCUAGCGAAAUCCAGCAAACAGAGUUUCUUGAGUCGUCUGCGGCCGGGGCGCCCAAAACAGAAGUGCGUCUGACGCAGGGAGCUGGAUGGCAGGGACAGACCGGAGCCGUCUCCGCAGGAAACUCAGCCGGUGCACUGCAUGUAUGUCCAGAGUGCGUUGCGGUCAGCGUUGCGGUCAGUGUUGCGGAUGAGCCCGGCGGCCCCCCUGCGUCCGGUGUGUGCUGCUGCCGCCUCGCUGCUCGUGGGCGCCGCCCUGCUGGCCGUGGCCUGCAUGGGCUCCUCGGGGGGCCGCCAGAUGGCCCAGACGGCGGUUGCCCAGGCGACGGUGGCGGCGGCGGGGCCCGGGCCCUGGUGUGCGGAGGAGCUGCUGGGCUUCAGGCCGCUGGCCGAGAUGCUGUCCGGGGACGGGGCCGAUGUGUGGAUCUGCUCGCUGGCCGGAGCCGUCGCCGUCGGACUCAGCGGCAUCUUCCCGCUCCUCGUCAUCCCCAUCGAGGCUGGAGCAGCGCUCAAGACCGAGGCUGGCAGUCAGAAGCUGAAGAGACUCUUGAGCUUUGCCAUUGGUGGUCUCCUUGGUGAUGUGUUCCUGCACCUUCUUCCUGAAGCCUGGGCCCAAACCUGUACUCCAGAGGGCGCUCAUGAGCAGCACUACCGUAGUCAGGGCCUGUGGGUUCUGCUGGGGCUGCUGUCCUUCCUGCUGCUAGAGAAGAUGUUUCCAGAUGAGGACACCCCCAACGAAACAGCCACAGUCACGACUAGUGGCUAUCUGAACCUGCUGGCCAACUGCAUAGACAACUUCACUCAUGGCCUGGCGGUGGCUGGGAGCUUCCUGGUCAGCAGAAAGGUUGGGUUUCUCACCACCUUUGCCAUCCUGCUUCAUGAGAUUCCACAUGAGGUGGGGGAUUUUGCCAUCCUCCUGAGGGCAGGGUUUGACCGCUGGAGUGCUGCACGCAUGCAGUUCUACACAGCGCUGGGAGGAGUCCUGGGAGCCUGCUUCGCCCUCUCCGCCCAAUCACAGCGUGGCGCAGAGGGCGCCACUGCCUGGAUCCUGCCCUUCACCUCCGGGGGCUUCCUUUAUAUCGCCCUGGUGAACGUGGUACCCGACCUCCUGGAGGAGACCAAUCCCAGGGAGUCUCUGCUGCAGAUCCUGUUGUUGUGUUGUGGAAUCGCUGUCAUGGCCAUUCUCUCAGUUGUCGUGGACUGAACCCCCCCCACACACACACACACACCUGCCCCCCCACCCCCCUCCCAAUUAGCCCAGUUGGCGAGUGCCAGCACGACUGACCACAGAUGCCUUCUCUUGCUAUUGGAGCUUUAAAGACUCUUUGAUUGAACAGCAGCAGCCCGAUGACGGACAAAUCCUCCAGUGUCAAAGGUCAAACUAGCCAAUGAUCAGGAAAGCGAGACAAUCAAAAGCCUUCCUUGCACACACACACUCACACACACCUUCCUCACGGAGAGACGGCCCAAAGAGAAACUUCAAAAUGCUCUGGGACCUUUCUACACUGAGAGACGAAAGGCCAGUCUGAGGAAGCUGUGGAUGACACACACACACACACACACACACACACACACACACACACACACACACACACACACACACACACACACACACACACACACACACACACACACACACACUCACACUCACACUCACACUCACACACUCACACACACACACACACACACACACACUCUCAGUUGCGCCCGCCUUUUUUCUGUUCCUUCCGCAUGUUUCAACCACGCAAGGCCGGUCUCUCACGCAUAUGCUUGAUACACACACACUACCACACAGACACACACACACACACAUGCAUAUGCUAACACACUCCUUCUGAGCUGUAUGUGCCAUCCUCACUGAUGUCCUGCAGCUGAGUGAGGCCUCCACGCUGCACCUACCACAGGGCGCUUCACCCCGUCCGGCCCCGUGCCCUGCUUAGGGUUGGCGUGGGCCUGGCGUGGGCCUGGCAUGGGUCGGAUGGCCGUGGAGCUGGUCCUGGGGCGGUGUGGGCUUCUCCAGAUCCCCUGGGUCGGUCUGUAGCCUCAGUGUGCUGUGGUGCUCUAUGUCUGAGUAUUAUGGUCUGGCCCAUCGGUUUGAAAAGCCCAGCGGGGAACAGAAGGACUCUGUGAACCAGCUCCGCUCACAGCAGAUCUGUAAACUCUGCUUCUGGUUCAUCACUUAAACGAACCUCUGCACACUAUUACUGUUACUGACUCUCCUGAUGUUACACACACACACACACACACUAUUACUAUUCAACCACUAUUCUUUAGACCUUAGAUUUGACACACACACACACAUACACACACACACACACACACACUAUAGUCAUUCCAGGCUCUAGAUGGCACCUACAGAAAGCAGCAGAGUCUGAUCAAUCUGCUCUCCACUCCGCUUCUGUCGGAGGUCCUACAGAACCUCCCUCAGACGUCUUUCACCGUGUACACACACAGUUGUUACAUGCGCGUACACACACAGUAUUGUUACAUGCGCGUACACACACAGUAUUGUUACAUGCCCAGUCCUGUGUCCAUUAGCUACUGUUACUGAAUCAGCCCAACACUACAUUCAGAGUCACCAGCAUGCACUAGCUGGUUUAAAUUUCAACUAAUCGUUAACACUUUUGAUGGAUAGGGAUGAGCCUUUAUCCAAUCAGAGUUUGAGUAUUGUCCAAUUUCCAUAGAAUGCCAACAAACACCCGACCCCCACACCAGUGUAUAUAUGAUGGAAAAAAUAUAUAUUUUAUUUAAGAAAACCAUGUUUAAAAAUGUUUUUCAUGUUCUUCAAAAUGUUUUUGGAAAUAACAUUUCUGUUGUGUUGAAGUCCCAGUAUUAUUUGUAAACUAAAUAAAAUGUUUAUAAGUACAAAAA